CCGUGUCGACGUCGGAGUUGUGCUGGACGUGCCACGAGGGAAGAGAGGGAGAGAAGAACGAACGACGGAAAAGGCGUGCUCCUCUUCGUACCAGGAAACUCUCCUCUUCCUCAUCCGCCUGCGUCUUGGCGCGAGAGGCCUAGUAAUUCGCCGUACUCUGGGGCCUAGUUUUGUGAUUCCCGGAAGGAGGAGGAGAUUGGAAGCAAUUCGGGUUCCAACGGGCUUGUCAUCGCCGAAAUCGACGGGUUGCGGACGGAAUUGUGCCGGAGCGCGGCCUCAUGGCAAGAGAUUCGUCGGACAAUUUAAUCCACGCAGGGGGUGCCCACCAGUAUGUCCAGAUGCAAUCCGAGCCGCCUUUGGCUACCUCGUCGUCGUAUUCCUUCCGCCAAGGGUCGGAAUUGAUGUGGAUAUUCGACGAGCUGCCCAAUGUGAAGAUCGUCUCUGUGUCGAGGCCGGACGCGAGCGACAUCACCCCUGCGUUGCUGUCUUAUACACUCGAAUUUCAAUAUAAACAGUUCAAGUGGCAGUUGCUAAAGAAAGCAUCACAAGUUUUCUUUUUGCAUUUUGCUUUGAAAAAACGUGCUAUCAUUGAAGAAAUCCAUGAGAAACAAGAACAGGUGAAAGAAUGGCUCCAAAACUUGGGUAUAGGAGAUCAUGCUGCAGUUGUACAGGAUGAGGAUGAGGUUGAUGAUGAUGCUGAUGUGCCACAGCAUGAAGAAAAUUAUGCAUCUAAAAAUAGGGAUGUUCCUUCUAGUGCAGCUUUUCCAAUGAUCAAACCAGCACUAGGACGACAGCAGUCUAUUUCAGAUAGAGCAAAGGUUGCAAUGCAGGGUUAUUUAAACCAUUUCAUGGGAAACUUGGACAUAAUAAACUCUAGGGAGGUAUGCAAGUUCCUAGAGGUCUCGAAGUUGUCUUUUCUGCCUGAGUAUGGACCUAAGCUGAAAGAGGACUAUGUAAUGGUGAGGCAUCUACCAAAGAUUCAAAAGGAUGAUGGUGAAAGGGGUUGUUGUUGCGGUCUCUUUGAUUGUUGCAACAAUAACUGGCAGAAGGUAUGGGCAGUUUUAAAGCCAGGAUUCUUGGCUCUCUUGGAAGAUCCUUUUGAGACCAAACUUUUGGAUAUAAUUGUCUUUGAUGUUCUACCACCUUCUGAUGGUAAUGGUGAAGGCCGAGUUUCACUUGCAAAAGAGAUAAAGGAGCGCAAUCCUUUGAGAUAUGGGCUUACUGUGUCUUGCGGGAACAGGACUAUAAAAUUAAGGACAAAAAGUAAGGCUAAAGUCCGUGACUGGGUGGCUUCGAUUAAUGAUGCUGGUUUGCGGCCACCUGAAGGCUGGUGCUAUCCUCACAGAUUUGGUGCUUUUGCACCUCCACGUGGCUUGACAGAAGAUGGUAGUCAGGCUCAGUGGUUUAUUGAUGGUCAAGCAGCAUUUGAAGCCAUUGCAUCAUCAAUUGAAGAAGCAAAAUCAGAGAUUUUUAUUACUGAUUGGUGGCUGUGCCCAGAAUUGUACAUGCGGCGUCCUUUUAACAUCCAUGGCUCGUCUCGGCUUGAUCUUUUGCUGGAAGCAAAGGCUAAGCAAGGGGUUCAGAUCUACAUACUUUUAUACAAGGAAGUUGCACUUGCCUUGAAGAUUAACAGUGUGUACAGCAAGCGGCGGUUACUCAACAUCCAUGAGAAUGUGAAAGUCCUGCGCUACCCUGAUCACUUCUCAACUGGUGUUUAUCUAUGGUCUCAUCAUGAAAAAAUUGUAAUUGUGGACUAUGAGGUCUGCUAUAUAGGUGGUUUGGACUUGUGCUUUGGUCGUUAUGAUAACCCACAGCAUAAUGUGGGCGAUCUCCCUGCUCUAGUGUGGCCUGGAAAAGACUACUACAAUCCUAGAGAAUCUGAGCCAAACUCAUGGGAAGACACAAUGAAAGAUGAACUGGACCGUGAAAAGUAUCCUCGAAUGCCAUGGCAUGAUGUUCACUGUGCUCUUUGGGGACCCCCUUGUCGUGAUGUGGCAAGACACUUCGUUCAGCGCUGGAACUAUGCUAAGAGAAACAAGGCUCCAAACGAGCAAGCAAUCCCUUUGCUUAUGCCACAGCAUCAUAUGGUUAUUCCACAUUAUAUGGGUAAAGCUGAUGGAAUAGAUGUUAAAAGCAAAGAGAAUGAGAAUCAUGGGCUUAAACGGCAGGACUCAUUUACUUCCCGAUCAUCAUCACAAGACAUCCCUUUGCUUUUGCAUCAGGAAGCCGAUGAAAAAGUGGUCACUGAUGAAGAUGCAAAAGCAAAUGGAUUGGACAUGAAUCACAAUGUCAGUGACCAAAAAAAGGAGUCCAGUUGGAACCAUUUCUCCUAUAAGCGGUUAAAGUUUGAACCUCCUGUUCCAGAUAUGCAGAUGGAAGAUUUUGUUGAUGAUCAUGGUACAAAACCUGUCCAUGGACCAAUAUAUAUGGAUGCCUUAACACAGCACAACGAUGAGUGGUGGGAAACCCAGGAAAGGGGUGAGCUAGAUGUUUCUGUAAAUGAAGGUGGACAAGUAGGACCCUGCACAUCCUGUCGCUGUCAGAUUAUUCGGAGUGUUGGCCCCUGGUCUGCUGGAACAAGUCAAACUGAAGAAAGCAUUCAUAAUGCUUAUUGUUCACUUAUAGAGAAAGCUGAACACUUCAUAUACAUAGAGAACCAGUUUUUCAUAUCGGGCCUUUCAGGAGAUGAUAUCAUCCGAAACCGUGUUUUGGAGGCAUUAUAUCGACGGAUUUUGCGUGCAAACAAUGAAAAGAAAUGUUUCAGAGUGAUUAUAGUUAUUCCUCUCCUGCCUGGGUUCCAGGGAGGGCUAGAUGAUGGAGGUGCUGCAUCUGUGAGAGCUAUACUGCACUGGCAAUAUCGCACCAUUUGUAGAGGACAGAACUCUAUAUUAAAAAAUCUUUAUGAUGCAAUUGGUCCUCAAGCUCAUGACUAUAUUUCCUUUUAUGGACUCAGAUCUUAUGGAAGAUUACGUGAUAAUGGGCUUCUUGCCACUAGUCAGGUAUAUGUCCACAGUAAAGUGAUGAUUGUGGAUGAUCGUGCUGUUUUGGUUGGAUCCGCUAAUAUAAAUGACAGAAGCUUGCUAGGGAGCAGAGAUUCUGAGAUUGGUGCACUUAUUGAGGAUAAAGAGUUUGUUGGUUCAUAUAUGAGUGGCAAUCCUUGGAAAGCUGGAAGGUUUGCUUAUAGCCUGCGCAUAUCUUUGUGGUGUGAACAUCUUGGUUUACAUCCUUCUGAGAAUGCUAGAAUCAGGGACCCUGUGAUUGACACAACGUACAGAGAUAUUUGGAUGGCAACUGCAAAGACAAAUACCAUGAUUUAUCAAGAUGUGUUUGCGUGCAUUCCCAAUGAUCUUAUAAGCUCCAGAACUGUGUUACGGCAAGCUGUGGCUUAUUGGAAGGAGAAAAUUGGACACACAACCAUUGAUUUGGGAAUAGCGCCACAGAAGCUGGAAUCUUAUCAGAAUGGAGAUGUCAGAACAAUGGACCCUAUGGAGAGACUAGAAUCUGUGAAAGGGUUCCUCGUUUCUUAUCCUUUGGAUUUCAUGUCCCAAGAGGACCUGAGACCCGUAUUCAAUGAGAGCGAGUUUUACGCAUCUUCUCAGGUCUUCCAUUAAGCUUGCUGCGUUUACCUCUCACCAUGUAGUAUAGUUCUGAUCUACCGUGAAAAUUUGGAAGGGAAACAAGCCUGCUGCAUCUUGUGUAUAUGUCAAGCAGUCGGGCAAAAAGUCGGAGAAUAUGUCAACUACCUGCAUCAACAGUUGCCCCAUUGGUUAGUGGUGAAUAUAUGCAUGAUACCUUGGUACAUGGGAGAAGUGAAGUAGGGGGCAUUUUUGAUCUUCCUAUACCUAAUCACUGUAUAACAAAGUCCCCAUCCAUUCCAACAGUGUAUAUAUAUUCAUCUCCACUUGGAGACCAUUUAACCACGUAUAUAAUUUAACUCGUAUUUCAUUACACAAUUGCAGUGUGCCAGUGCCCUAUAUUAUUGUUCCGGUAACGCAAUGUAAUUUUGCAAGAUUUUCUCAAUAUAAAGGAAAGCAGAUUGGGUAUUCAA